AUGGUGAUUCUAAACGAAAAGAAGAAUUUUAACAAAGAUCAGCGCAUCGGUAUUUGUAAACAAUUGAAGGAAACAAUCGUGCUAGCUGGUGAUGUUUCUAAUAUCGGAUGUGACUGGAAAAAAUUAAUCGAAGAUUUGUUAUGUUGCAUAAAGAAUAUUCAACAUGAAGUGAAGAGCUCUGUUUCGGAGUGCUUAGGAGCACUGGGGUCUAUCAUGUCUUCGCAGUAUAGUGAAUUUUUAAGGAUAACAUUGGCUGAAGCAAAGCUAAUUCCUGAUAAAUUUGAAGAUGAUAAAGCUUUGAUUUUAAAAUCAAUUUUUUUAUCCUUGACAUUGAUAGGAAGUUAUUCCUGGCAGUCUCAUAUUAAAGUGCAAGAUAUAGAAACACUUAUGACAUCAAUCAAAAAUUGGCUUGAAAUAAACGAGUCUCCCGUCGUUUUGAUAUCUAUUUUGGAUAUUUGUCUAGCUGUUUCUAAAUAUUUUCCUGCAGUUUUUAAACUAAGUUUUGAUGAUAUAGUUGAUUUCACAGUUGGCUGGUAUACUGAACCUGAACAGCCUAAUUCAGUACCUGAUAAAUGCCACGAAGUGCUUAUUGAAUUGCGUCCUUACUGGAACAGUGCAAUACCUGCAGCCGUGACGCUUAUGAAGCAAUUUAUUGACGAUGCAAGUGCAUAUAUUGAGGACAUUAAGAUAAGCACAUCGAAUCCGGAAAACACCAUGGCCAAGAUCGCUUCUAUUUUGCAGGCUCUAACAACGAUGUUCAAGGUAUUGAGUGCUCUGGAGAUAAAUCCUCUUGUCACUGAUUUUGUUGAAAAGAUUUUUAAACUCAUCAGUCAACAAGUUUCUUAUCUUGACAAUGUUAAUGUUGUCAAGAUUGGUACUGCUUUUGAAUAUGUAGCUGAAAUUCUCCGAGUGGCUUUGAAAAUAAUUCCAAGAUCUGACUUGUCGAUCGAAUCAUUUAAAACGUUGAGAACAAUGCUGACUCAUUCAUCUGUGAAUGAGAAGUCUAUGUUGAAAAUUCUUAAUCAUACUGCAAAGAUCAUGGAAAAUGUGACUCCUGAAGUAAUUGUGGAAAUUAUGGAUUAUAUUGUUGGUGAUGGUGAUUUCUUAAAUCUUAUAGUUGCGAGAUCGCAAGAAGUCAUUCAAGCUUAUAGUAAUGUAUUAGGCAAACUGUUGACUCCCAAAAAAUUGUCAACAUUGCAAGUAGUUUACAGUCGAAUUCGCGAGCAUGUGCUGAAUUUGCUAAAUAUCUUGAAGAAAAUUGAUACAGAAGAAUGUUUUACGAAGACUACAGUAAUCGAGAACAAAUUGAUCGUAUAUUUCAAUGCUCUCUACAGUCUUGGAAUCAUCAAGAACUCACUUAUUGCAGUAAGCAUAAUGAUGGGUCUUUCGCCUAGUCUGUUCACUUUCCUGAUAACGGAAACACCAAUCACUGAGAAGUGGUUUAUUGUAAAUCAUCCUGGCUGUCACUACGCCUUACUGUAUAUUGUAAAAGCACAUAGUGAAAAGCAUGAAAAUUUUGUUGCAAAUAGCUCUUUGCUCAUCAAUCAGAAAAGUUUGGCACUUGUUUCGGAGCCGGCGACAGCAAAACAUACAUCCGCAAUACUUGACGUAGUAACAAAAUUGCUGAACCUUGAUGACUUUUUAUGGGCUGAAACAAGGGUUCUCCUCAUUGACUGGAUUCAUAGCAUAUUCUCGCUAUCAUCAGAUGUCGUCCAACAUAUAAUUUGUAAGAAGGAAGCAAUUGAAAUGAGGAUGGCGUUGUUAGAUUCUUUUGUGAGGCAUUCCUUACCAAAAAAAAUUGUUUUAGAGAAUAAAACUGCGGCAGGUCAUCGAGUUCGACAUUUUACCUUGCUUCGUAGACUAGGUGUUUUUAAUUUGAUCAGAAAUGAAAUUCCUGAAACAAGAGCAAAGUUUGUUAGACGUAUUUUCGAGCAGUGUCAUUUGGGUAGCAGUGAUAAAAUAAUUGGUAUUUGGCAAACUACUCCACCUGCAUUGUUUAUCAACAAUGGAUUGACAGAAUGUGCGCAGGAUCUGAUGGAGUUUGGACAGCAGAGCAUUCCUGAAAGUUCGUUCACGUCCGGACAUUUUUUAGUUAUUGCUGAUUUCUUGCUCAAUUCAAGUAUUCCGACAUUUUGCUCAAACAAUGUCGAUGAUGGUUACUGGUUAACUGAUACAGCGUCUAUAGUGUACACUAGUGCAAUGGGUGAUCCCAAUGCAAAUACAGAUUGUAUAUCUAAAUGGCGAUGGAUCAUUAAUCAACUUGCGCAGUUCUGCAUUGAAAAUCGCUUGAGAACUCCACUUGGAAAACCCAUGGAUACUUUUUUAGCUUUUGAAAAUGAGAUACGUCGAUUAGCAAGUGGUGCUCUCUCUCGGAGAAAUGUGAUUACAGCCAGAAGUACUAAAAAAGAAGUUUCAUCUAAAAUCGUUGCGUUCGGGAACGAGAAAAAAGGCGCUGAUGAUGAGGAUGAUAUAGAUGGUGAAGUUGUUCGAGAAACACGUCAUUUAACGAAUUUCGAGCAAUGGUGGCGCGUACGUGCUUUGUUGGAUACGAUCGAGAUGUUGGACAAACUAAUUAUUUAUGCCUGUUAUGGAAGUGUAUUCCAAUUAUGUUCUAUUUCACAGAUUUCACAGCAGUUUAUUGUUACAAAUAAGGAUAGCUGCUUACAUUGGCUUUCACGCUCAUAUUUACCGAUGAUGGCUGUUGCAUAUACGAAUAGCUAUUUUGCUCAUGUUAUACGUUUAGGUGGCUGUGCAUUGAAAGAUAUUGAAAAGCAGAUUUCGGAAAAAAAAGAAACUAUUCAUGGAAAAAUUUCAGGUGAAAUAGAUUCUGUUGGAAAUACAUGUGUUACUUGGAUGGUUAAAGCCUUUAUUGAGUUGAGUCGACCGCAAGCAAUAAUGGGCCUGUAUGCCUGGAUAAAAAAAACUUAUGGCAAGCAAUGCUCGUGGAUAAAGUGCGCGGCUAAAAUAGCAUCCGGACAGAUUGAGUCAGCUUUGGAUGGUUUAAAAAAGUGUCUACGUGAUAAAACUUUAUCAGAGAGUGAGAAAAGAACUGUGCGGCAGCUUUUUACUUCUCCCAAGUUUAAAAUGUUUUUCAGAAUGAAAUCGUUGAUGACUUUUGAGAAUCAGUCAAAUAGCGAAUCAGCAAUCUCAGUACCAUGGGAUAUACAAAACAGUCUUUUUGAGUUAGAGCUCAAAUUAAUGGAUAUCGUACAUGAUCGCGUCAAUAGAGAUACCAAAUUUGAAGUCACAGAUUUGACUCGACAGUUAGGUGAGGCUGCAAAGAUGCUGAUGGUAGCGGAUACUAAUCUGAUAGUUCAUACGCGUGCAAGUGCAUUGCAUAUGUUAACCACUGCUGUGAAGGAUAGCGGAAAACCGAGUCAUAAGCAGCAAAUUGUUGCAAAUAUGAUAGACCCUUCCUUUUUAUUUGAGUUAAAGGGUCGCUCAGUGGUACAGCAUCUAGGAAUCAGUCAACAGUUGAGUACUUGGUUGCAAAGCAUGCAAAAUAAAGAAAGUAAUGGACCGUUCUCAUUAGGAUUAAUCGUAGAUGAGACGGAAUAUUAUCUUGGAAUGGCAAAAUUAGCUCGAAAAACAAAAAAUUACAGACUUUCAGAAAAAUGCAUCAAAUUGCAUUACAAUAAGCGUCUUCCAACUCUUGAUAACUAUCAGAUAAUAAAUUUUCGAGGCAUUCAAGGAAAUUGGAUCAAUGGACCUACUGAUAAAGAAACAAGCAUGUUUUUUUCUGAUAAUAUACAGAUACCUGUGCAAGAAAGAUUAUUCAGUUUUGAAAAUCUUACGUCUACGUAUGGAUUAUCGAAAAUGAUGUGGGCAAAAUCGGAAACUGUAGAAAAUGAGUCCUGUCGCACUCUCAUAAAAGGAAAAGCGUUUUCUUUGUUAUUAAAUGCUGUAGCUGAUGAAGUCGAUCGAUUAUUAUACAAAAAUAAUCUGAUGUUCAAUGGCACACCGACUGUCGCUCCUGAUGCACUCAUUUCUGUUCUUAGCCAAAUUAACAGUCUUAAUAGUGAUGAGUUAUCCCCAGCAUUAAAGGGACUAAGUCACAUAGCGAACAAGCAGCAAAAAUUAAUAAAUAAUGAAAUGCCCUCGAAAGCAAUCAUUCAGCUUGCACGCUGGUUACAGAUGCAACCUAGCGUAUUGUCUGUAAUUAUGAAUAAUUCUAUGCGUAUAGCAUCUCAUAUUUUUGGAAUUGAACAGUCUCAGUUACCGUUAUCGGCUCCUUCCAGAAUUAUUGACUCAUUUAGUGGUGCGUUCUUGAGAGCUUCAUGUAAAUUAUCACCACAGCUAGCCAAAGGUCAUCUGGAAUUAGGAAACUGGGCAUUUGAAGGAGCCAGUAAUACUGAUAAUGAGCUCAAGCCGUCCUUCGUUAAUGAAGAAUGUGAUGCGAUCAGAUGGCAGAUCCAGAAUGCUUGUCCAUCACUCAAGUAUUCAGUGAUAGAGAGUUUGUUAGAUAUCAUGCAAAAAUGUGAUAAUUUGCUUUCAAUUUCAUCGGAUUGCAAGGCCAUUGUUGGAACAGCAGUCGAUGAACAAACUUGUGAAAUGUUAUUCGGUCCGAAGGGUAUAGUUCAAGAAAUCUGUAAAGGAGUAUAUGGGCGUCACAUUGCAUAUUGCACUUGUGCUAUACGUUCUUAUUUCAAUUAUAUUGCAGUAAACGGAAAAGAAAGGAAAAAAGGAAAAAUUGGAGUGGUGAUUGCAACUCUUCGAAUUGUACAGAUAUUGGUAAAACAUUAUGAUGCGCUAAGUAAUUUAAUUCACAAUGAAAUGCUUCACACAAAUGAAUUACAGUGGAAAGAUAUUCUUCCUCAGCUGUUUGCUCGGCUCAGUCAUCCGGUUCAUGCUGUUCGUGAUACACUUUGUACGGUACUAGAAAGAAUUGCGGCCUCGGCUCCUCACGCACUUUGUUACCAGGCAAUUGUUGGAGCGACGCAACCGAUUGUUAUGCACAAGCAAUAUACUCGUAAUGAGGGAGAGAGAAAUGAUUUCAUUAAUAUCAUUGAUGAGGAUAAGGAAAAACUGGCUGAUGAGGAACGGUGUCUUAUGUUCGAAUGUUGUCAGCGUAUUGUGGCGCAGAUGCAAAAAAUGUUUCCUGAUCUUGUGAAGAAUGUUACUGACUUUGUUAAAGAGCUGCAAAGAAUUGAUAUGUUACAUGAAGAACGUUGGAUAUUUGUUUUGACAAAUUUGGAUAUCGAAAUAAAUCGUCGAAUCUCACAAAUAGAAGCAGAGAUAAGAAAAACUUCGGCUAAUGAAUAUCUAACUGAUUGUCAAAAACAGGAUAUCAUUCGCGAAAAAGCAAUUUUAUUUACAUCCUUGAUAUAUCGCAUUGUUGAAGACUUGUAUGAUAAGACAUGCAAAAGUAUACCUCUGACUACAAAUGAAAAACAGUUUCAAGACAUGUAUGUAAAGAUUAUCUCCGAUGCUAUGGAAACAUCACAGUCAAACAGAUCUGUACCGCGCGAAGCUUGGGCUCCCUUCAAACAGUUACUGACGCACUUAAGUAAAAAGUCAAUGAAUCGUUCUUUGACAUGUCUACAAAUGGCUGAUAUAUCUCCUCGCUUAACUAAUUUUAAUAAAACAUAUGUGCCACUUCCUGGUCAGGAACAUAAAAAUUUUGAUGACGUAGUGAUGUUGGAGCUAAUCAGUAAACAAACAGUUAUAUUACCGACAAAAACACGACCAAGAAAGUUUGGAUUUCGUGGGUCAGAUGGGAAAAACUAUCCAUUCCUAUUUAAAGGACAAGAGGAUUUGCACCUUGAUGAAUGCAUCAUGCAGUUGCUCAGAAUUUGUAACCUGAUGUUGUCAGCAAAGGAGACAGAUUGGCCAGCUUACACCGCCGAAAUUUAUUCAGUCACACCUCUUGGUUCUCGUUCAGGUCUCAUCGAAUGGGUUGAAGGUGCAACACCUAUUUUUCAAGUAUUUCGCAAGUGGCAAUAUCGUAAUGCAUCUAACAAUUCGAAUCAAAAAAAUUGUGAAAUUGGAAGACCCAGUGGAUUGUUUUUCAAGAAACUUAGAGCAGCCUUCCAGGCAAAUGAUAUUCCAAAAGAUUUUAUCUCCAAUCGUAUUAAAUGGCCGCAUUCCAUUUUGCAAGACGUUAUUCGAGAUUUGAUCAAAGAAACUCCGCAAGAUCUUCUUUCACGGUUUCCUGUUUUAUUUCAUCAAAAGUUGUGUAUUUUAAGAGAACUGUGGCUCCGCUCUGGUAGUUCAGAUACUUGGUUCCGAGUUACUGAAAGAUUUGCUCGAUCAACGGCAGUGAUGUCAAUGUUGGGUAGCAUUCUCGGUAUUGGAGAUCGUCAUUUAGAUAAUGUUCUGGGUCGGCAUUUACGUGUACCCGAAAUGGUGCCGUUCAGAUUAACUGGGAAUAUGGAGCGAGCCCUUGGUCCCACAGAAAUUGAAGGUACCUUCCGACUUUCUUGUGCUAACGUGUUAGAAAAGCUUCGUGCUGGGAAGGAAAUAUUGUUGACAGUUCUAGAUGCAUUUGUUUCUGAUCCUCUAAUUGAUUGGACCACAGUUGAAGAUGACCUUGGAUCCAGAGCAGUGAUUGCUGUUCCUGUUAUCGUGGCUGUAUAUGGAACAGCAAACCUUCCGUCCGAUAUUUCAUAUUCACUGGCCCGUUCACUUUUUGUGCAUCGAAUGACGGAAUCUUGUGCUAAGUGGUUGAAUAAUAAAAAUCAUAUGAAAUUUUCCAUUAUGUCCAUGAUUGAUGUUCUGGAAAAUCACACCAAAAAAACUCAAGAAAGUGCGGGAUACCGAUUGAUUCAUCACGAAAGGAAUGUUAAAAGAUUAGAACUGGAAAAAGUAUCAGCUGAACAAAGUUUGAAGAAUUCAUUAACUACAAAUAUGGCUUUCAAAAAUUAUUGGGAGCAGUAUAAAGAAUCAUUUAGCAAUCCACUUGUAAAUGCGCUCAAGAUGCUGGAUGAUCAAUGUAAUCAUGCUCUGUGUAUCUCUCUUUUCCGAUCAAUCCUUGACAAAAUAUCAAGCAUUUACGGCAACUUACUCUUGUUAUCGAAAAUGAACGAAGAGACAGAAUCACCAUUACUCUGUGACAGGUCUACAAAAAUGGAUCAAUGUAAAGGCCAGCAAGAGCAAAGUUUGCAAGGAAAGCAUGUGUUUAAAAAAGUAAAGUUGAAGUUGGAAGGAUUAGAUGUAACAGACAUUGGCAAGUAUGAAAUUGGAAUAAAUGAUGCAAACAAACAAAAACCCCUUACGCCGUCUGAACAGGAUUAUUUUCUUUUGUUCCAGGUUGAUAUGUUGAUUCAGCAAGCCACAGAUAUAAGCAACCUCGCCUUGAUGUAUGAAGGGUGGACAGCAUGGGUGUAG